GAAUGACAAUUCCAUUGAGAAUGGAAUUUGAUGACCCAAAAAUAACAUUACUCACAGAACAAGUACAACAAAUGACAGUUGUAGCGGAACAUGAAGCACCACAAAAUAAACAAGAAAAGAAACUAAAUCAACUCUAUAUAGAAGCUGCACAAAGAGAAAUAGAUCAAUUUAGAGAACAAGUAAUAGAGAAAGAUAAUACUAAAAAAGACAAGAAAGAAAAAGCUAAAAGCUUGAAUAUAACCUUUAACCAACAGAAAGAAAGCAAAGUCAAAUCACCAAAAAUAGGAACAUUUAUAAAAACCUAA